AUCUAUGUGGGCAUGUAUUUGUAUUAUGCAGGCAGGACAUUUACAUUGCUAGAAGCCUUGAUUGCAGUGCUGGGUGCAGCUCUUCCUCCCCCGUUGUGCCGAUUAAAUUAACACGUCCGGGGUGCUCAUUUCAUCCGAUUAGUAUACGCCUUGCGGGGCAGCGUAUCACACAAAUUUGUGGCCUGAGUGCGGGACAGGAGAGUUGGGGAAGAGAUCAAACGCUCUGUCUGUGUCUGUACAGAGCAAGGUGUGGGGCACAUGCACAGUUUGUCAGUGGACUGCGGAUGUCGUGUCGGCCCCCGUCUAGGGCUGUGUGCGUGCGGGGAAUCUCUUCUGCAAUCAUCAUGAGGAGGAUUGUUUGGCAUGGUCUGUGAUUUCUGCCAGCGUGGCCGGUGACAUGUACUUGUAGUUCUCUUCUCAUUCUACAAACACAUUGCGUGCAGGAUGCAUCCACGACACAAAGUAGGCGCCACGUCCUCCAUCCAAUACAAGAUGUCCUACCACAAGCUGGCCGGCUCAGAGCCCGAGGAAGGGGAGGUCAACCUGACCCAUGUCCAGGCCGAGGUCCCCCAGGACACCUACCAGAGGCUGGACUCUGACCAGCCAGCCGUGCCGGCUGCCAUGGAGCUCUUUAAGGUAGAGGUGACCGACGCCAAAGCCAGGAACUUUGACGGCUUUGAGGACACCAACAAGAGUCCUCUGCUUAAAGAGGAUGGGGAGAAGACAGUCCCAUAUGAGCUUGUUUAUGUUCCAGACGACAAUGGUAUUAUGCUGGUUGCCGUACAGGGUGACAAAACCAAGCCAGCUAUUAUCACAUACCACGACAUUGGGCUUAAUCACGUGACAUGCUUUCAAGGAUUCUUCAACUUCCCUGACAUGACGCCCAUCUUGAAGCAGUGCUGCGUCUAUCACGUCAAUGCGCCAGGCCAGGAACAAGGGGCGCAUCAGCUGCCAGAGGGCAAACCGUAUCCAGAUAUGGACACACUCGGCGAGAUGCUGAUGUCGGUGGUGAAGCACUUUGGGUUAAAAAAGUUCAUUGGCUUCGGGGUUGGAGCAGGAGCGAACAUUCUGGCGAGAUUUGAGUUGGCACAUCCUCAGUUGGUUGAGGGACUGGUACUCGUCAACUGCACCUCCAAACCAGCCACAUGGGGGGAAUGGGGCCAACAAAAGCUUUCCUCAUUUUAUCUUCGCGGCAAGGGAAUGACUUCCUACAGCCAAGAGUAUCUUCUCUGGCACUACUUUGGAAAGAAAACAAUGGAGAGUAAUCAUGACCUGGUGACAGUCUUCCGGGAAAACCUGGCAAAGAGUGUCAAUCCUUACAAUCUGUCGCUAUUUAUCGACUCGUACAUCAGACGGACAGAUCUGAAGAUCAAGAGGGAGUUGGAUCCAGUGAAGAAGAAGGCCACGCGGACACUGAAGGGGGCCAUCAUGCUGAUUGGUGGGAGCAACUCGCCUCACCUCAAUGACACAGUUGAGAUGAAUGCCAGACUGGACCCUGAGAACUCCACAUGGAUCAAAAUGUCAGACUGCGGGGGCAUGAUCCUUGAGGAGCAGCCGGCCAAAUUGUGCGAAUCCUUCCGCCUCUUCUUGCAAGGCCUCGGAUAUGCUGAUGUCUUGAAGAUUCGUGCCACCAGGCCAGCUCAAAGCGCCGAGAGCUCUGACCUCCAUGUCACUAGCAAGUCCAAGGGGGCACCCUCUCCCGUCUUUGUGUAGGACCCCGUGGAUUUGGUCUCGUUUUGGAGAUGCUGGAUGACAGCAGAUACGCACAACGGAGGCAUUUUCUUUUUGACUGUCUUGUCAUUUGCAAGAUUCAGAACCGAAAUACUCAUGAUUUUAAACCCCCUGAUGUUCCAGAGAUUUUAGUAUUGCCACCAGUUUAACAAUGGUCCCUUUUGCAAGUCUUUAAGCUGUUUACAGGUUGGUUUUCUGAUUGAAGACUCGUUUUUUUUCCAUUUAUCAAAAUUCGUCACUUUUCUGAGUUCUUAAUAAUUGAACUUUUCAAACCUCAGUUGCUACUGGAAUGCAUCGUUAUUAUCCACCAGGAGAUCUGUUACUGUUCCUCUCCUAGGGAAUGGUGCACUUUUAAAAAACACCUGACGAUCCUGUACAUAUCAACUGUAUAUUUCAAGAUUAGCCAACUUGCCAGACAGAGACAGUCGAUUUUCGUUCACUCAAAGCAUACUGGAUAAUGUGUACACAAAUUUUAAUUCUAUUUGUUAUACAGAAUUGUGUGCAACAAAUCGUGUGCUGCUGUCUGUUAUACACUUACCAUUAGAUACAAAAUAUUUUAUGAUGCGCUAAUCAAGUUAAAGAAUUAGAUUUUAUAUAUUAAUUUAAUGAAAUGUCAGUUUUUGAAGCUUUGUGUUUGCUGAAACGUCUUCCUUUCAAAUUAAUUGUUAUCGCAUCUUGAGUUUCGUCAUUUCAUCUAUAAUUGAGUGGAAUCAGAAUUUAUGGUUAUGUAAAUCAAAUAAAUCAGUUACAAAAAACUAUAAUUUUGUAUUCAAUGAUAAAAAAUAACUUGUAUGCCAAAUUGAGUUAGGUGGAGUUUUUAAUGACAUUUAUGUAGGCACAUUAUUCUAAAUAAAGGAUGUUAGGAAUUUCAGGUUAGUAAUGAAGACAUUUAAACAGUAAGCAGUGUGUACACAACUGGUAAACGAUACUUUGUAAUCUUUAUUCAUUUCUUCUACAUUAAUCACUUCUGAUUACAAAGUUGUCAAAAGUUGAAAUAGGAGGUAGUGGCUCUGUUCAAUAGCGCCACCACUUAUUAGGUUGUAAAGUUUGGCAACGCCACCACUCGUUAGACUUAAGCUUUAUUCACCCCAGACUGCAGGUAGUUGUAUCAAAUCGACAAUCUAAUCAUUUAGAUUCUUCCAUUUUAAGCUGGCGUGACUACCUUUGAAAGUGCUGCUCUGCAGCAUUUUUUGUAAAUAUGAAGUGAUGCGUAAGAUAGUAUUCCAGCCGUUGGCCGAUGUAAUGAAUAUGCAUUCUUCAUUUGUGAUAAAUGGAUUUGAUUUGUUUAUUUUGAUAUUUUGUUUGCCCGCUUCAUGGAGUUCAGUUGCUUUAAUCAUUGCAUGCAUGGUGCUGUGUUUUCAAGCAUUAAGUUUUGCAUGCGCAUGCCUUUUCCCCACUUGAAUGUGUCUUUGUGCAAGUGGUGCUAUGAUGUGUGACUUGUGUAUGUUGCCUUAAAUUUCUAUGUUUGAUGAAUCCACUGUGUAAGUACGUGUACAUGUAACUUCAACUUAUUUGUGUGUACGUAUUUGUCUAUCAGAAUCUCGUGUAUGGGAAGCAGUUCAACUAACUCAACAAACCGUGGUUUUCGAUUUUCUGUAGAUUAAACAAAAGAUUAGGUGAAGUAUCGGAAGGACGGAUUGAGAAAUUCA